AAUAAAUAAUGCUCAGGGAGUGACCGAAGGCCAUCCGUCACACGAGGAGGAAUUGAGAAUCGGGUCGUGGGCAUCGGGAUCGGCGGGCUCGAUCAGAAAGAGCGAGCGAGCGAUAGAUCGCGGGGUGGAGUGGAGAUGGCGCGACCGACAGUCGUCGUCUAGAUUCUGUUGUCGUCUCGUCACUUUUUUCGAGGUCGAGGAAAGUUGUUGCUUUUUGGCAGCCGGAGGUGGGAAAGAAUUUUUGUCGCUCCUUUUUCUCGGAGGGUCGAAGGUCGCUGUUCUUCUUCGGCAGUCUUUGGAGGUAGGAAGCAUAAUUUCAGCUAGCGGGCGUGUUUUGAUCCGGGUGGAUGUGCUGGAAUUCGAGAAACCUCCACGCUCGCUGUAGGGUCUGCCGCUGUCGCUGUCGCUGCUGGAAGGAAUUUGUGCGUAUGUGAAAUCAGAGUUCCGAGUUGUGGAUCUUCGUCGAAAUGCUUCAAUGAAUUCUGUUCCUCGGUGAUGAUGAGCGCGAGCGCGAGCGCUGGAGUCGGAACGGGGCCCGCCUUUUGCGUCGUCCUGACGCAAGACUCGCUGUAGGGUUUACUGCUUUCGUUUCGCUAGUGUGGAUAGUGGAGGAAUUCGGCACGAGCCUUGCGUACUUGUUUCUGGGCUGUAACUGCACUCGCCAGUACUUUUCUUUGCAGCUUGCUUUUUUCUGACUUGGUCACGUCGACUCGGUUUUCUUGAAAGACAAGUUUCAGUUUGGUUGUAGAAUUAUAGUUUUACGGAAGAAAUCGAAUUGGACUUUGCGUUCGAGGUCCGGCGAUCAGGUCAGAUCUCUCUGCCACUCAAGGGAUCAGCGCUGGAUGUGAAGGACUUUAGUGACCGGGUGGAAGAUCGGGUGCGUUUAACUCAACAUCGAUUGAAGAAUUGGAAGCAAGAGGUGGACCUAUUCGUACUUCUGAUGUAGUUGGGAGUAGAGGGAAAGAUAGACGAGGGUAAACUAGGGCAGUCGUGGCAGAAGAAUAGGUUCAAGGCCUGGAUUUAUGUGAACACCGAUUUGGAAUUGAAUGAAAGUUGUCGCUCUCUAUUUGGCCAUGGAUACCGUGAUCGGUUUUAUGAAUCGCGAGCAUUGCGAGCAGUUGCCGAACAGGGAUUAAACUGAACUGAAGAGGACAGGAGGUGUAGACAAGAAUUUGCAGUUUAGAAGAAGGCAGGGAAACCCUAGGGCAAAGCGAAGAACACGGGCUGAACGAGAAGGGGAGGUUUAAGAAGAGAAUGAAUGGUAGAAACAGGGAAGGAUGUGGAGUCUCACGCAACUUGUGAACUCCUUGCUCGGCCCGCAAUCUGAAGCCCAGAAAGCGGCAUCCGUAGAGGAGCGAUACUUCGAAGGGGAGCAGCGGGCCAUGCCAGUUACACAGUCAGGGUCCUCGCACGUCGUGAGGAGCAGUUCUGCCAAUUCUGGAUCGCUGAAUUUAGAUUCUGAGCGUGCCGUGCAGAAACUCAGGGGCUACUUCACCCUAGCGAAAGAGGAGAUUGAUAAGGGCGUCCGCUCUGAGGAGUGGGGUCUCAAUGCCGAUGCUCUUGCUCAUUACAAGAAUGCUAAUCGUAUUUUGAUCGAGGGAAUGGGCGCGGACGUGAACGUUGAUCCUGAAAGCAAAUUGUACGGAAGCAUUAAAACCUACCGGGAAAAGAUGCGGAAAUGGCAGGAUAAAGUUCUUGAAAGGUUACGAGUGCUUGAUCAUCGAUCAGGAUCAUCAGUGGCAGGAGGAACUUCUCACAGUCAGAAGCCUAUAUCUGUUCCUAAGACGAGGGCCCCGCCUCUUGCGAGAUCGAACCCUGGUACUCCCGUAUCUCCAGCAAAUACUCGGCCUUCGAAUCGCUCGCGAUCCCAGCCGAAUUCGGCAAGCGCAAGCGUUCAGCCAUUAAAUCUGAAAGGUGUCGACCCGAAACUGAUCGAGGCGAUUGAGAACGAAGUUUUGGACAGAAGUCCUGCGGUAAAGUGGAAUGACAUUGCUGGUCUUGCGAAGGCGAAGUUGGCGUUGAUGGAAAUGGUGAUCUUACCCACUAUACGAAAGGAUCUUUUUCAGGGCCUUCGCAAGCCUGCUCGGGGACUCCUUCUAUUUGGUCCUCCAGGGAAUGGAAAGACCAUGCUUGCCAAAGCUGUAGCUUCAGAGUCCGCAGCAACCUUUUUUAGUAUCAGUGCCUCCUCUUUAACUUCCAAAUGGGUUGGUGAGGGAGAAAGAUUGGUCAAAGCUCUUUUUGCUGUCGCAGCUGCAAGACAGCCCUCAGUAAUCUUUGUCGAUGAGAUUGACAGCAUCAUGUCGUCAAGAUCAGCUAACGAACAUGAGGCAAGUAGGAGGCUCAAGACAGAGUUCUUGUUGCAGUUCGAUGGAGUUAUUUCUAACGAAAGUGACCACGUCAUUGUAAUGGCUGCCACUAAUCGGCCUGAAGAGCUUGACGACGCAGUCCGGAGGCGGCUGGUUAAACGAAUAUACAUCCCACUACCAGAUGCUGAUGGACGAAGGUCAUUGCUUCAGAAUCUCUUGAGGGGCCACACGUCCUUUCCGCUCGAUGGAUCUGAGUUGGAAAGACUUGUGAAGGAUACUGAUGGAUAUUCUGGCAGUGACCUCCAUGCUCUGUGUCAAGAAGCUGCGAUGAUGCCUCUUCGUGAACUGGGCUCUCGUGUCAGCACCAUCAGACCUGAUCAAGUGCGGGCUUUGACUCACAGGGAUUUCAAGGAAGCUCUGAAAGCCAUCCGACAAAGUGUAACAAGAGAUCAACUCAAACAUUACGUGGAGUUCAAUUCAGAGUUUGGGUCUCUGAGUUGAAGUUGGAAACACUGAAAUAGUAUUUGGGAAAUAGGAAAAGUAGAGUCUAGGAACGUGAGGUCUAACGAUUGUGACAGGGAAGUCACAAUGUUGCCUAUUUAUAUUACAUUCGAUGUACAUACGAGUUGAAGCACUGUCAUUAGAUUGCCUGAAGACGUUUUCGAAUCUUGUGAGUGAUAUGUGAGGUAUUCUUUGCCGCGACCUUCGUAUCAGGCCGGCUUCUGUCUGGCUAUAAACAUACGCAGAAAGAUUAGCACCCCCAUAUAUUAGAGGCAAGUUCACAUCGACCCGACAUACAAAAUAGAGCACUAGAAGGUUCUAAACUAGAAUUUGGAAACUCCACAUAAAAGCUGUACAUAAUGGUCAUCGGAUUGAUUGUGUAAUUGAGAAUCAUCAUCGCUUUACAUCC